GAAGAAAAUAAAGAUGUUAACUUUGACCACUUUGAAAUUUUGCGAGCCAUUGGGAAAGGCAGUUUUGGAAAGGUCUGCAUUGUACAGAAGAAUGACACCAAGAAGAUGUAUGCAAUGAAGUACAUGAACAAACAAAAGUGUGUGGAGCGCAAUGAAGUGAGGAAUGUCUUCAAGGAACUUCAGAUCAUGCAGGGUUUGGAGCAUCCUUUCCUGGUUAACUUGUGGUACUCUUUCCAGGAUGAGGAAGAUAUGUUCAUGGUGGUGGACCUCUUGCUGGGUGGGGACCUGCGUUAUCACCUGCAGCAGAACGUUCGCUUCCAGGAAGACACUGUGAAGCUCUUCAUCUGUGAGCUUACCAUGGCUCUCGACUACCUGCAGAGCCAGCGCAUCAUUCACAGGGAUAUGAAGCCUGACAAUAUCCUACUUGAUGAACAUGGGCAUGUGCACAUCACAGACUUCAAUAUCGCAGCGAUGCUGCCCAGGGAGAUGCGCAUCACCACCAUGGCGGGCACCAAGCCUUACAUGGCUCCUGAGAUGUUCAACUCCAGAAGGGAAGCAGGCUAUUCCUUUGCUGUUGACUGGUGGUCCUUGGGUGUGACAGCAUACGAGCUGUUAAGAGGCCGGAGACCAUAUCAUAUUCGCUCCAGUACUUCUAGCAAGGAAAUUGUACACAUGUUCGAGACUGCUAUUGUGACUUUCCCUUCUGCCUGGUCACAGGAAAUGGUGUCAUUUCUUAAAAAGCUACUUGAACCCAAUCCAGAACAACGAUUUUCUCACUUGUCUGAUGUGCAGAACUCUCCGUAUAUGAAUGAUAUGAACUGGGAUGCUGUUUUGCAGAAGAGGCUCAUUCCUGGUUUUAUUCCUAAUAAAGGCAGAUUGAAUUGCGACCCCACCUUUGAACUUGAAGAAAUGAUUUUGGAGGCCAAACCUCUUCACAAGAAAAAGAAGCGUCUAGCAAAGAAAGAGAAGGAAAUGAGAAAAUGUGAUUCCUCUCAGACAACAUGUCUUCUUCAAGAGCACCUUGAAAAUGUCCAGAAGGAGUUCAUCAUUUUCAACAGAGAAAAGUAA